AUGUUGGAGGGACUCGUUGCCGGCCUGCUCAACCGCUUCUUGGGCAUGUAUGUCAAGAACUUUGACCCUACACAGCUCAAGGUCGGCAUCUGGUCUGGUGAUGUGAAGCUCCGCAACCUAGAGCUCCGCAAAGAGGCUCUCGAUCAGCUUCGGCUUCCCGUCAACGUUGUCGAGGGCCAUCUUGGAGAGCUGACCCUUGUGAUACCCUGGUCAAACCUACGUGGAGCCCCUGUCAGAGUGUUUGUCGAAGAUGUCUUCUUGCUGGCCUCGCCCAAGGAAGAGGCCGAGUAUGACGAGGAGGAGGAAGAGCGAAGGAGACAACGCAUCAAGAUGGAGAAGCUGGAAUCGGCCGAGCUCCUGAAAGAGCGAUCACGCGAGGGUUUGAGCGCAGAGGAAGAGAAGAAGAACCAGAGCUUCACACAGAGCUUGAUUACGAAGAUCGUCGACAACUUGCAGGUCACAGUCAAGAACAUACACGUCCGCUACGAGGACUCCAUCUCCGCGCCCGGCCAUCCCUUCGCGCUUGGCGUUACUCUCGGAGAAUUCAGUGCCGUCAGCACCGAUGGUAAAUGGCAGCCUGCAUUCCUUCAUGGCGAGGAUGACAUCACCCACAAGCUCGCGACACUCGAUGGCCUUGCCGUCUACUGGGAUACCGACGCCGAGCUACUAGGGUCAGGUCGAGAGGUGACCACUCCACAAGAAGAACUCCCACACGAGGAGAUGGUGGCGAGAUUAAAGGGUAUGAUUCAAUCGACGGGCGAGAAGGAGGAGGACGAUGGCGAUUACGACGAUGUCAGCAGUACGAGUAGCACCGACCCGGCCGCGAACCAUCAAUACAUUCUCCGUCCUGUCAGCGGACAGGCCAAAAUCGAGCUCGACAAGUCGGGGGAUUUGCGCAAACCCAAGUACAAGGCCGCCUUGCUGUUUGAGGAGAUUGGUCUCGUACUAGACGAUGACCAGUACCGCGACGGCCUGAUGAUGGUUGACCUGUUCCAUUACUUUAUUCGACAUCAAGAAUACAAGAAGUAUCGACCGAAAGAUGUCACCCCCAAGGAAGAUCCAAAGGCGUGGUUCCUCUUUGCCGGCAACGCCGUUCUUAGGAAGAUUCACGAGCGGAACCGGAAAUGGACCUGGGAUUACAUCCGCGAACGACGGGAUGAUCGUUUACGCUACAUAGAACUCUUCAAAAAGAAGAAACAAAAUCAACUAUUAACACCGAUUGAAACGGAUGACCUGAAUAGCUUGGAAUGGAAGCUGAAUUACGAGGACCUCCGUUUCUGGAGAUCUCUGGCGAGGAACCAGUUGAGGAGGGAGAACGCUGCCGCUUUGAAGGCCCCUCAACAGCAACCGCAAGAACAACAGGGAUGGCUUGCUUGGGUAUGGGGCUCAAAACCGACUGCCGAGCAGGUGGACGAGACGGAAAACACAACCAUAACGGAAGAGCAGAGGAAGGAGCUUUACGAGGCUAUCGAGUGGGACGAGAAGGCGGCCCUCGCUGCCGACAUCGAUGUGCCCCGCGACUCGAUCAAGCUCCAGCUCGAAACGUCUCUGAGCACUGGCAGCUUUACGCUGAAGAAGGGAACCCAUGACAAGGCUAUUGACCUUAUCAGCCUGCAUUUCGACGUUUUCAAAUCCAGGGUUCUGCAGCGGCCCGACUCGUUCCUUGCGGAUAUGAGCCUUGGAGGCCUGCGCGUCAACGAUGGCACUACACCCAACACCAAAUUCCCCGAGAUUGUUCGUGUCAAGGAUGCACCGAGCCGGAACAAGAAGCGCCUCUCCCUCGUGGAGUUGGAGCAGAACCAGCAAGAACCCUUCUUUUUCUUUGAGAUCGAGCAGAACCCCCUUGAGCGCGCUGGCGAUUUUGCCUUGGUCGGUAAGCUUAAACCGCUUGAGAUCGUGUGGAACCCCAACGUGGUCGUCGGUAUUGUCGACUUUUUCCGGCCGCCGGAGCGCCACAUGGAGUCCAUUGUCGCGUUGAUGGAAACUGCUGGUGCUACUGUGGAGGGCCUCCGAGAGCAGACUAGGGUCGGCCUAGAGUUCGCCCUGGAAGAGCACAAGACUAUCAACGCUCAGCUUGAUCUUCAAGCGCCUCUCAUUAUUGUGCCCGUCAGCGUCACGGCAUUGAACUCGACCUGUCUCAUUCUGGAUGCCGGUCAUAUUAGCGUGACCAGCGAACUGGUGGAUGAGGGAACCAUGAAGCAAAUCCAAGAGAAACAACGUCAGUCAUAUACGGACGAAGAUUUUAAGAGGCUCGAGUCCGCCAUGUAUGACAAAUUUCAUGUGCAGCUCACCUCUACCCAGCUCCUUAUCGGACCAUCGAUCGAGGAGACGAAGAUGCAGUUGGAAAGCGACGAUGACAAGAAGAUGUUGCACGUCGUGGAACGCAUCAACGUUGGCUUUACUGUGGCGAUCUCCAUCAUCCCUAAGGCUCCAAAUUUGACAAAAGUCAAAGUAUCGGGUCACCUUCCCGUGCUCCACGUCGCGGUCUCCGAUGCCAAGUACAAGACCUUGAUGAGAAUUAUUGACGUUGCGAUCCCGAAGUUCGGUAAUGAGGAUGAGAAACGGCCGCCAACUCUUCGAUCCCAACCAUCCAGAUCUUCUUUCAGUUUCGGUAGCCCCCCCUCCAAUCGGACGAGAAGGCGGAGCACUAGGCGGCUGUCUACCGCGUUCCCUUUUACGAUGACACAACCUUCAUUUAUUACGGACGAGGACAUUACCCAAGAUGAGGACAAGUUUGUGGAUGCUCUGUCAGGCAUGGAUCGCCUGAAGCUUGGCAUGAAGCAGCGUAUUUUCCAGCUCAAGUUCACCGUCGACACACUCAGGGGCUCCCUUUACCGGAGCGAUCCCGCGCGGAAGAAGCCGGAUCAACUGCUCGUCGAGUUGGUGGCCGAGUCUUUCGGCUUCGAGUUCUACAAUCGCCAGUAUGACAUGGCCGCCGAGGUUUCUCUGGGAUCCGUCACUGUCGAUGACUUUGUCGAGAAUCCUCCAGCAGAGUUCAAGUCCAUCGUGUCUUCCGGAGACUCUGAGGACCGGGAACAGAACCGGAGCCUGGUGCAUGUCAAAUACGUCAAAGUUAACAGCCAAUCACCGGAAUUCAUGUCGGUCUACGAAGGCAUCGAGACUAAUGUCGACGCAAAAAUCUCCACGAUUAACCUGGUUGUCACACGCAAGACUCUCCUCACACUUCUUGACUUUAUUCUCAUCACUUUCACGAACAACAAUAACAACCAGAAUCGAUUGCCCGCGCCGAGGUCCGACUUUGGCGAUUUCGAUGAAGGCCUAGAUGCCGUCGCCAUCCAAGAGCCACAAAAUGAAAACGGUUCGAUCCGCGUCAAGGUUGACUUGAAGAGUAUCCGUCUCAUUUUGAACAAUGAUGGCAUUCGGCUUGCGACUCUCUCCCUGAACCAUGCCGAGGUGCGAAUCCACUUGCAUAACCAGACUAUGAGAGUCUCCUCGAGGCUGGGAAAUCUUACUCUCAUUGAUGAUGUUGAUGCCGGCGUCUCGGAAGAUUCGAGCUUACGCCAACUCAUGACCAUCCAGGGGAAUGAGCUUGCCGACUUCCGCUACGAGACUUUUGACGCGAGCAAGAAAGAGACGUAUCCUGGCUACGACUCUUCGAUCUUCCUGAGAGCCGGAUCUGUCAAAAUCAACUUCGUCGAGGAGCCAUUCCGCAAAAUUGUGAACUUCCUAGUCAAGUUUGGAAAGAUGCAGGCCCUCUACAACGCCGCUAGACAGGCAGCUGCUGAGCAGGCGUCCCAGCUCCAGCAGAGUAACUCGCGAAUCAAAUUUGACGUCGUCAUUCGAACACCUAUCGUAGUGUUCCCCGGCGCUGUUUCUACCAGCAGCAGCCAACGAGAUCUAGUCACUGCCUAUCUCGGUGAGAUCUAUGCCCAGAAUAAGUUUGCACCACUGGACGACUCCGUGGACUCGGAGAUGGCCAUGAAGAUAUCGGCUGGAAUUCGCAAUACUCGCCUUACUUCCGACUUCCAUUAUUCCCGGGGUAUUUCUGAGGAGCUUGAGAUGAUUGACCACGUUGAUCUCGGAUUCGAUAUCACAUAUGCCGAGCACAAGACCGGGGUUAAACGGCCGGAUAUCGAGGUAGCUGGGAAGAUUUCCGAUGUGAAGCUGCGCAUUACCCCAUAUCAAUUGAAAGCCCUUCUAGAGAUUUCCAAGUCUGUGCCCGCGGCGUUUGCUGGGGAUAACGAGCUGGAGGCAGAACAGGCACAGAAUGGCGGUGAUGGAGGCACGCUUCAGACGGUCAAGGGUGCGACUUCGCCAGCCUUGGCCGACAGUGAGGAGUUGAUCGUGGACCAGAACCCAGAGUUAAGCUUGCAUCGCGAGGCAUGGGCGAAGCUUGAUCUCUACUUCAACAUUCCCACCGUCGGUCUCGAGUUGAUCACCGCCCAUGAAGACCAACCGGUUGGCAGCCAAGACGAGGCUAGCCUGUCGCAGUUCUCGCUUGAUGACAGCCAAGUGAAGCUGCGCAUGCUUUCCGAUGGCUCGAUUGAAUCGGAGCUUCUGGUCCGUUCGUUUACGAUUUACGACAGCCGACCUCGCGAUAACAACAAGUAUCGCCGUAUCAUGACAUCUUCGAACAAGGAUGUCCAGCAACUGAUGGCCAGCGUAACCCUGUCUGGCGGCGCAGAGAGGCAUAUGAUUGCGAUUGUUACCGUUGAUAGUCCGCGAGUCAUUUUCGCGUUGGAUUAUCUCUUCGCUCUCCAAAACUUCGCCAUGACAGCCCUGAAGAAUGAUGAUGAACCGAUGGUGAUUGAGGAAGAAAUGUCAGAAAUUCCGGAAGAAUCAGACGCAGAGUCUGUAGCGCUCUCCACUCGCCGACUACCUUUGUCGCCUUUGUCCCCUGAGUCGAGCUCGCAUUUUAGUACUCGAACAGGGACCCCACAAACCCAGAACCAGCCCUCAGCCAUGACGAUGUCUUUCCGCGUCAACGUCGUUGAUGCCCAAGUUAUUCUCAUCGCUAAUCCUCUCAGCACGAGCUCUGAGGCAAUUGUUCUCGGGACCAAGCAGGUCUUGUUGUCUCAGCAACAUGCCUUGACCUUCCAGGUGUCGGAAGUAGGCAUGUUCCUCUGCCGGAUGGACCGCUUCGAGGACAGCAGGCUCCGAAUUAUCGACGAUUUCUCUAUACAAUUGUCUAUGGACAACUCGAGUCCGACGGUGGCGAGCCUCUCCAUUAACAUUGAGCCGCUUAUUCUGCGUCUGUCUCUUCGAGAUAUCCUGAUGGCGCUGCAAAUUAUCACCAAGGCUUCUGAGCUGUCCGACUCGAUGGACAAGGACUCCAAACCAACGGGUUCUGAGGAGAAGGCUCGACAACUUCGACAGGCUGAGGCUAGGCGACGCACACCUAGUGGACAUGGCACAUCAACAGUCGCCGGCACGGUCAGGCCGGCAACUCUGGCGACGACGGCGACCCAUGGCAGCGGUUCAAGGAAGUCAGUUGAUAAGACGCCGAUCAGGCGCGAGGAUCUUACGGCAACCGUGGAAGGCAUUCGCAUUAUUUUGAUCGGGGACGUGCACGAACUUCCAAUCCUCGACGUUGGCAUCAAUUCCUUCUCUGCGACUGGAGCGGAUUGGUCAUCGAGGCUGAGGGCCGAGACGGCAAUUAACAUGUACGCGAACGUCUUCAACUUCUCCAAGUCUGCCUGGGAACCCCUGAUCGAGCCUUGGCAUGUUCAAUUUGGCGUAUAUCGAAGCCCCUCCGAAGGCCUGUCGAUUGAUGUCGUAUCGAGGAAGACUCUGGACCUGACCGUAACCGCCUCAACUAUCGCUCUGGCAUCCAAGUCGAUGGCCUUCCUUUCUCAAGAACAAGACGUCCUCGGCAAACCUAGGGGCGUCGAGACUCCCUACCGAAUCCGAAACUAUACCGGCUUCGACGUCACUGUGGAUGCAUUGAAGCGAGCCGACGAGGACCAGCUGAGCGCCCACUUAACAGACGGCCAAGAGGUGCCGUGGAGUUUUGAGCCCUGGGAGAAGAUGCGUGAAACUCUCCUUAUGGAUAGUUCUUCUAACAUGGUUGAAGUCAGGCUCGAGGGUAGUGGCUUUGAUCCCGUGAAGAGCAUUCGUCUCAACCGCGAGGGUGAGUUCCUGUAUAGCCUUCGAGUAAAGGGGAAGAGCACCGUCCACCGCAUCAUGGUCGAGAUCCAGCUCGGAACCGACAAUGUGAAGUAUGUCACAUUGCGCUCGCCACUCCUUGUCGAGAAUCACACGCAAAUCCCUGUCGAACUCGGAGUAUAUGAUGCCGAGAAGGGCGAUCUGCUUAAGAUCGAGAAGAUUUCUCCCGGGGAGAGCCGUCCUGCGCCGGUCGGUGCGGUGUACGUGAAGUCGCUUCUGGUGCGGCCCGAUUCCGGGUUCGGCUACUCGUGGUCGUCGGAGGCGCUUAAUUGGAGGGAUCUAGUGAAGAGGCCGAUUCGGACGAUGGUUUGCAAGGGGGAUAAUGGGGAUCCUUUUUACUUUCAGCUUUAUGCCUCAUUUGACAAGGGCAAUCCUCUUCUCAAAUCCUACCCCUACAUGAGGCUCAAGCUCUCUGCUCCUGUCGUGCUGGAGAACCUUUUGCCUUAUGACUUCAAGUAUCGCAUCUACGACAAGAACACAAGGAAGGACUGGACGAACUUUCUCAGGAAGGGAGGUCUUAGUCCUGUCCAUGUUGUCGAGCUGUCGCAUCUCUUGCUUCUGAGCGUCGACAUGCAGGAUACGCCAUUCAAACCUAGCGAGUUCGCCGUCAUCAACUCGGGCAGCACUGCAGACUUUAGGAAAGAGGAGAAGCUAGUCUGUCGAGAUGAGCAAGGUCUCACGCUGAACCUCAGACUUCACUACCACCGCAUAUCUGACAGCGGCGGCGCGUUCAAGGUCACCGUCUACAGUCCGUACGUCGUCCUGAACCAGACCGGCCUGGAAUUAGAUAUCCGUGCUAGGGGCUUCAUGCAAGGAGCGAAGGCCGCAGCCGGACGGUUCCCGCUCGUCGACACUUCCGAGGACGGACGUCCCAAGGUCCACCCAUUCAUGUUCUCGUUUGCCCACGAAGAUCCCAAGAACCGCGUGCAAUUAAAGAUUGGCGAUUCCGAGUGGAGUAAACCGCAGUCUUUCGAAGCCAUUGGAAGCACGUCCGAGGUGGUGCUAUCGUCGACCGCGAAUCGGAACAGGGAAAUCCAUGUUGGUAUUUCCGUCGAGUCUGGACAGGGCAAGUACAAGAUGACCAAUGUAGUUACCCUCACACCGCGAUUCAUCCUGCAAAAUAAGUUGCGCGAGGAUAUCCUUGUUCGGGAGCCGAGCUCUUCCGGUUCGCUCACAUUGAAGGCUGGUAGCCUCCACCCUAUUCAGUUCAUGCAGAGGUCGAGGGUCAAGCAGUUAUGUUUGUGCCUACCGGGCCUGGAUAACCCGUGGACGGCGCCAUUCAACAUCUCCGACGUUGGCACGACGCACAUCAAGAUUGCGAGGUCUGGACAGCGACAACAGCUGAUCAGAGCCGAGAUUCUCCUGGAGCAUGCAACUAUCUUCAUCCACAUUAGUAAGGAGACGAAGCACUGGCCAUUCUCGAUGCGUAAUGAGAGCGACACGGAGUUUAUCUUUUAUCAGGCCAACCCCAACGUCGAGGAGGAAGAGGUCGAGGACCGUUCUGGGUGGAAGCCGAUUCGUUACCGAUUGCCACCCCGAAGCAUAAUGCCGUAUGCUUGGGACUUCCCCGCGGCCAGGUUCCGGGAAAUUGUCAUCAACGCGGCGGGCAGGGAGAGGCAUGUCAAGCUUGCCGAGAUUGGCAACCAAAUUCCAAUGAAGUUUGCGACGCAAUCCGGACAACAGAAGAUUAUCGACAUUAACGUCGCAGCGGACGGACCCACGCAAACACUGAUCCUCUCGAACUUUAAGCAGUCGAAGAGUAUGUACCGACAAAGGCGUAAGUCGGCCGGCACUGGCGCUGGUGGCAGCGGCUUCGAGAUCAAGGACUUGAAUACAGACACUACCUUCAAGGCGCAGCUUAGACUGUCUGGCAUUGGUGUUUCGCUUAUCAACCAACAGCUGAGGGAGCUUGCGUACGUCACGUUCCGCGACGUUUCUCUCAAGUACAGCGAGUCGCCUCUCUACCAGACUGUCAGCUUGUCUAUAAAGUGGAUCCAGAUCGACAACCAACUCUACGGCGGCAUCUUCCCCAUUGUUCUGUAUCCUAGCGUCGUCCCGAAGAAGGCGCAGGAGAUCGAGGCACACCCUUCGAUCCACGCUAUGAUUACGCGGGUCAAGGAUGAUUCCUACGGCGUCCUGUACGUCAAGUACGCCACGCUGCUCAUCCAGCAGAUGACGGUUGAGCUGGAUGAGGACUUUGUCUUUGCCUUGUUUGACUUCUCACACAUCCCCGGCGCGGCCUGGGAGCAGAAUGAAAGCGAUGGCAUGCUUUGCGCCGAAGUGCUUGGCAUUCCGGAGCCGAAGCAGCAGCACAGCGGACAAGACAUGUACUUUGAGCUCCUCAACAUCCAGCCGAUGCAGCUCGAUUUGUCCUUUAUGAGGACAGAGCGAGUCAACGUCGAGAGUAAGACGUCGUCGAAGAACCCGCUCAUGUUCUUCCUCAACGUUAUGACGAUGGCCAUGGGUAACGUCAAUGAUGCUCCCUUGAGGCUGAACGCGCUCAUGUUGGAGAACGUGCGGGUUUCCACCCCCGUCUUGAUUCAAAAUAUCUCGAACCACUACAGCCAGGAGGCUCUCUACCAGAUCCACAAGAUUCUCGGCUCGGCGGACUUCCUCGGAAAUCCCGUCGGCCUGUUCAACAACAUCAGCUCCGGUCUUACUGAUAUUUUCUACGAGCCUUACCAGGGUCUCAUUCUCAGCGACAAGCCCGAAGAGUUCGGUUUGGGCAUCGCCAAGGGCGCUACUUCGUUUGUCAAGAAGUCCGUCUAUGGUGUCAGCGACUCCUUCUCCAAGUUUACGGGUAGUCUUUCCAAGGGCCUGGCCGCGGCCACUCUCGACAAGCAGUUCCAGGAUCGGCGACGCAUUACGCGUGCGCGCAACCGGCCCAAGCAUGCCCUCUACGGCGUUACCACGGGAGCUAACUCGUUCCUCACAAGCGUCGCGUCGGGAGUGGGUGGCCUUGCUCGAAAACCGCUCGAGGGUGCUGAGCAAGAAGGUGCGUUUGGUUUCGUGAAGGGCGUAGGAAAGGGCGUACUUGGCCUUGCCACCAAGCCUGCCAUUGGCGUGCUCGACAUGGUCUCCAACGUGUCCGAGGGGAUCCGCAACACGACGACCGUAUUCGACGGCUCGGAGCUCGACCGUGUGCGCCUCGCCCGUUUCAUUCCCUCAGAUGGCAUCAUCCGCCCUUACAACCAGCGCGAGGCCCUAGGACAGUACUGGCUCAAGCAGGUCGAUAACGGCAAGUACUUUGACGAGUCGUACAUUGCGCACCUGGAGCUGCCGCGCGAGGACAUGGUGGUCAUGGUGACGUACGCGCGCAUCCUCAUGAUCCGGAGCAAGCGGUUGACGUCGGAGUGGGACGUGCCGCUGAGGGACGUGCAGACGAUUGCGAAGGAGAGGACGGGCCUGAGCUUGACGCUGAGGGAUGGGGUCAACGGGCCGUUUAUUCCUGUUGGGGAUGAGGAUAGUCGGAGGUUUUUGUAUCGGAUGGUGGCGGUUGCUGUGGAGGAAUUCAAUAGGCGGUUUAGGAGUCUGUGA